AUGUCUGUUACCACUACAUCCACUGCGACAUCGCUGUCGGUCCUUGCCGACUAUGAACUACAUCAUAGCGAAGAGCGGUCUACUUCCACUCCUGCUCCAUCCGUGAGCCAGCCAGUCGACUGGCCAACUGAUCACCGCCGCAUGCCUGCUUAUCGGCCUGCGAACCAUCAUCUCGACUACAAUGAACGGACAGCAGGCACCAGUGUUCCAGAGUUUGUGUUCAUUCAAGUUAUGCUGCAUGGGGUGUGGCUCAACGCGGCUGCUUCACGUCUCUGGAGGUUUACUGGAGGAAGAAUUAAUAAUAAGAUCUUUCACUAUGAAGUAGGAGGGGAGUGGUAG